AUGGACUAUCACAGCGAUCUUGCAUCUGUUGGACAUUCAUACGACUACGCUUACGACCACAACUUGACCUCUGAGCCAGACACCAGUCCUCCGCGGGCCGGCUUCGCGCAACUAUCAACCCUGUCCUCCCUCCCCGAGACGCCGUCGGAAUCGGUCCAGGUAAUCUCCUCGCUGAUCGACUCCUUGAGCAAGAUAUCUGCGUCGACCUAUGUCAGGCAAGACCCCGUCGCUGAGACAAAUAUCCAUAUCUCUACAGACGAAUACAGUCGCUCCCCCUCGACCGAACCACCCGAUGCGGAUGAUCUGGAUAGAGAGCAGAACGAUCCACCUGUCGCCGAUGAAAGCAGCGAAGGAGAGGCCGCCGCUCCGCCGGUGAUCAAAUACGCAAGAAGACCGCCGCCGCUCUCUAAGCGGUCGAGUCGUUCCUUCAUCCGCUCUCUGAGCAUGUCGUCGCAGCCUGCUCUGGCGCCCCGGGAGUCCAUACACAGUCUGAAGUCGCGUGCGGAAUCGGACAGCGUGGGUCUACCGAGCAUUGAAAGACGUAACCGCUCGAGCGCCGGCUCUACCUUUUCAUUCGUCAGUGGUUUGAGUUCCACGCUUAAGAGGCAGACGGCCGAAUCUGUUUAUGAAAUGGCAACAACUCGGCCCAUCCCUCCAAGACGCGUUUCGUCGGACAGGCGGCGGAAGGCCGAAUCACUCUACAGCAUGGAACAGGAGAAAGAGAACAAAUGGCCCACUCGCUCUCCGUCGGUGGAUGGUUAUUCGAGCAGCAGUACCCCUCUCGACCAAAGCCCGCCCGACGGUCCGACUGUCGCUGCUUUGCGAUUGAGUAGAGGCGACCUGGGGUCUCAUUUGAUUCCAUCUCGACGGUCAUCACUGCGGCGCAGCGUGACGGGGAUCUCAGACGCGUCUCAAGACCAACACAACCGAUACUCCUUCUCGGGCCGUGACUUAAAAGAACUCAACAUCGAUGCCGAGCUUAUUGAGGGUGAUAACUCAACCGUGCGACGGAUCCGGGAACUGCAGGAAGCUCGGGAGAAGAGGCAGAAGGAAUGGCGACAUGAAGCACGCAAAUCAGAACGAGCCUCGAAAAGACAUACCAUUGCUACGCCGAAACUUUCGUCACGGCGAUCCAGCCCGUAUCAGAGCUCGAGGCUUUCUGUCACAGAGGUGGUGGUCGAAUCACCCGAGGUCGAAAGCCCGCUCGACUUAUCCGCGACUGUCACUCCAUCAGAUUUGGCUGGUAUGCCUGCUUUUCCGACGGCGCCUCCAAAGGAACGGCCGAGCUCGCCUGUUGAUGCUAGGCCUGCCACGUCCAACCCACCGAGCGCAGCUUUAUCCCGGGGCAACAGUUUGUAUCAGAAUGCGGGGACCCACACGCAAAGAAAUUCUGCUGGUUUGACGAUAAAACAGGACCCUGCUUUGGUAGAGAUGAAGUCCAUAACAGAAGAGGUUGAGGCGUUCCUCGGGGCGCCGCGUUUUACGCAAAAGAUCCGCCACCCUCGGACUGGCCGCACGAUUGCGUUUUCAGAGGUCGGGGAUCCCAAUGGCUUCGUCGUUCUGUGCUGUGUGGGAAUGGGUUUGACCCGAUAUCUCACGGCUUUCUACGAUGAGCUUGCAAGAACGCUACGCUUGAGGCUGAUCACUCCGGACAGACCUGGAGUAGGCGCAAGUUCACCGCUGUCAGAGUCUCAAUGCACACCACUGAAUUGGGUCGAUGAUGUGGCCGUCCUCUGCAACUCGCUGGAAAUCACCAGAUUUUCUCUGCUCGCACAUUCGGCGGGUGCCAUUUACGCUCUCGCGACCGCUCUGAAGAUGCCCCAGUAUGUCCGCGGGCGUAUACAUCUGCUGGCACCCUGGAUACCACCCUCGCAGAUGCCAAAGGGAGCCGCCCUAGGACCAGACUCCCAACCCAUCGCCAAUCUACCUUUCACGCACAAAAUCCUCAGCGUUCUGCCAGCGCAAAUCCUCAAGGUCGCCAACUCGAGGUUCUUGACUGCAACGAGCGCGUCCGUGGACACGAAACCACUAAAAUCCAAAAAGAACAAGCAAAUACAAAUAGAGAGCCUGGAAGUGCAUCUAGACUAUCCCCACCGCGAUCCCAAUGAAGAUAGCCCGUUCAGAGCCGACAUGCCCGAGGUCGAGCCCGAACGGCCGUCGACGGGGACGCCGAAUCGAGCACGCGGUAUGUCCUGUUAUCAAGCCAACAACGAAUCGCUCGGGAUACAGGGAGCAGCGGCGACAAGUCCAAAGUCGGACUCUCGCCGACAAACUUUCUCCGCUGCGAAGUCACCCGCUGCAACGUCUCGGCCAAUGUCUCCCCGCUUGAGCCCAGAGGCACGUCAAGCACUGUACAAUCAAACCCUCACCCACCGUAUCUGGACACUAGCCACUCAAAAUGCAAAUCCUGCCUCUGACCUGGUUGUCUGUCUUGAACGCCGUCGGCCCAUUGGAUUCCGAUAUCCUGAGGUGACCAGAUCCGUGGUAAUUCAUCACGGCGCCAAGGACUCGCGGGUACCCCUGGACAACGUCCGGUGGUUGCGCAGUGUCAUGAAGCGAUGCGAGUUGAAGGUCCUAGACGACGAAGGGCAUGGCCUCAUGGCGAGCGCCUCGGCGAUGGCGGCCGUCCUUGGCGAGAUUGCGAAGGAGUGGGAAGAAUGGGAGAGGAUCGCAGAGAACAAAGAGAAGAGGAAGAGAAGUGAUGCUGCGUCUACUUUCUCCAGAGGGAGGUCCUUCCACAGUAGAUUUGUGGAUGCCUCGUACCGGGAAGCUGCAUCGCGUGAUUCAUGA